AUUCUGGUGCUUUCACACCCAAAGUGUAUGUGAUUUUCAUUCAACACGUGUUGUGUUUCAACAGAUGAUAAGCAAAUCAUUAAUAUCUUAUGGCUUUUAUUGCAACUCAAUAUUACAAUACAGUCGUCGGAAAUGAAGACAUCGGAUCUAUUUGUCUGACGUAUCGAUCGCUAUAAAUAUAAUCCCAACAACAAAAAAACUAAAUAAUAAAACAUAAAUGGAUUAUAUUUUACGCAAAUUUAAAUACAAGCAAAAGCCGGUGCAGUCUUCGGCGCCGGAUCUGGUGGUGACAAGUCCUCAGUCGAUGGCCACGGACUCCAAUUCGUCCAAAUUUGAGUUUGAACUCGAAGAGAGACUUUCAUUACAUUCAUUUCAUUCAUCGCCAGACAAACACCGCGUCCGCCGACACACCGCCGGCCACUCGUCGGACACCCAAUUGGCUAAUGGUGUGCAUCGAGUCGGCGGAGAGUCCGGUGCGGCCGCCAGUAGUGGCCAUCGACGACAGUCCCAUCAGUAUAGCAGUCAUUAUUCGUUGAAUUCGUCGCCCUCUCACUCGUCCGCCUCAUCCGAUGGACCAGAACUCAGGCUCAACGCCGCCGUCCAUAAGAUACUUAUGGGCCGACCGGUGAUAGUUCGUCGGCAUUAUUACGACGAUGACAUACAAAUUGGUGACAAUUCAUUCGCCGUCGACUGUCAGUAUUGGCAUAACUUCUUUCGGGCCAAACACGGGUCGCCCCCACUGUCUGUGUCCUAUCGGUUAGUCAAUAUGGCACAGGAAUGGGCCAACUAUUUAGCCCACACCGACUCCUAUAAGUAUCGCAACAGCGAAGGCAUUGGCGAGAAUUUAAUGUGCAAAUGGACGUGUCAUCCAGACUUUGAUCCUCCAGGCGAAGAAAUAGUAAGAUUUUGGUACUCGGAGAUGGAGUCAUACAAUUUCAACAUCGAUCCGGCUAUUAUGCAUACCCUGGCCAACCAUUUCACACAAAUCGUAUGGAAGAGUACCGUCGAGUUUGGUAUAGGGAAGGCCCACACCCGAGGGGGUAAACUGAUCGUGGUGGCUAAUUACAGGCCCUCAGGCAACAUCAUCGGUGGCUUUCAAGACAAUGUUUUACCACGUAUUAAGGAUGACAGCCAUCACAAGAAGUCUAAGACAAACACCACUUCCAGGACUAGUGGUGUCGACGAUAACGCCGCUGAAGACAUGGAUUCGCUCAAUGAGGCGUCCAUUCAAACUCAAAGUCUAUUAAGUAGUACUUAA